AACUACACAAAAAAGGACCAAUGAAAUCAAUCUGACAGAGCCGGUCGUCUCUUCUUGUCUCCCUCUCCUCCUCGCAAGCUCCACAACGCCGAAGGCAAAGAGCUUCACACUUGAAAUCUCCGCUCGUUUUAAUCGGAGAUGGCGGAGAAGCCGGCGCCGGAGCAGGAGCAGACGAGAGCGAUGGAACCGGCGGUGCUCGACGAUAUAAUCCGGCGAUUGGUUGAGUUUCGGAACACGAGGCCUGGAUCGGGGAAACAAGUUCACCUCAGCGAAGGUGAAAUCCGACAGCUCUGUGCCGUCUCUAAAGACAUCUUUCUCCAACAGCCCAUUCUCCUCGAACUCGAAGCUCCCAUCAAGAUCUGCGGUGAUAUUCAUGGGCAGUACUCAGACCUAUUGAGACUCUUUGAGUACGGAGGCUUCCCUCCCGACGCCAAUUAUCUCUUCUUAGGUGACUACGUCGACCGCGGCAAGCAAAGCCUUGAAACCAUAUGCCUUCUCCUAGCUUACAAAAUCAAGUACCCUGAGAACUUCUUCUUGCUGAGAGGGAACCAUGAGUGCGCCUCCAUCAACCGUAUCUACGGAUUCUACGACGAGUGCAAACGCAGGUUCAACGUCAGGCUCUGGAAAAUAUUCACGGAUUGCUUUAACUGUCUUCCCGUGGCCGCCUUGAUCGACGAUAGGAUACUGUGUAUGCACGGCGGGAUCUCCCCGGAGCUGACGAGCUUGGACCAGAUCAGGAGCAUUUCGCGCCCCUUGGAUAUUCCUGACUCGGGUUUGGUGUGUGAUUUACUUUGGUCGGAUCCUAGCGGAGACGUCAAGGGCUGGGGAGCGAACGACCGUGGCGUGUCGUAUACUUUUGGAGCUGACACGGUUGCGGAGUUUUUGCAGAAGAAUGAUAUGGACCUUAUCUGUCGUGCCCACCAGGUUGUUGAAGAUGGGUAUGAGUUCUUUGCGGAAAGACAGGUUGUUACUGUGUUUUCAGCUCCCAACUAUUGCGGAGAGUUUGAUAAUGCUGGCGCAAUGAUGAGCAUUGAUGAGAGCUUAAUGUGCUCGUUCCAGAUUCUAAAGCCGUCGGAUAAGAGAUCCCCAUUUCAAUGAUAACAAUUAUCCAGUCACCACCAUGCUUCAAAUUAACAACACUCCAAAAAGCUGAGGAGCUAGAGCCAGAAUUUAAUGGCGAAGAUAGGCACAUUGCGUAGCAAACACGGAGACGGUCUCGAAACAGAGUAACAACUCAGGUUUCUGCUGUGAUGUGUGUGUUUUUAUAUCUUCGUUCUACUAGAUUCUCAUUUGUACCCUCUCUUAUUUUUUUAUGAAAACACCCAAAAACUAGUCUUAGUUUCUUCACCAUAGCUCCCAGAUUCUUGUAUGAUAAUAACAAAACCACAAACCCAUAAAUUAUCGCCAGCUUUUGCGGGUACUA